AUGAACGGGAAGGCCGGAGAAAUCGGAAAGGCAGACUAUAUCGGCAACAACCGAAAGACCAGGAAGGGCGGAAAGGGCACGAGGAUGAUGUGUCCUUGGGCUGAGGGCGAGGAGGACAUGGCUGUUGACGAGUUUAUCAAUAUCCUGUUUAGGGUAUCUCAAGCCUCGUUCCCGAUCAACAUCUCACCGCCCGCUCAGUCAUUAGGAUCAUCGUCUGGUUCUGAUGUACCCAGGUACGAUAUAAGUCCUCCGAACUCAAAGCUGCCGUUGGAGAGUGAGAGAGAUGCGCACACCAGCGAAAGCACGCCUCUGCUUGCUAGGAAGAAGACUGAAGGAUUGGACCAACAAACGCUGUGCACAGGGCAGAUCGGGUGA